CGGUGGCGGCAGUCCUUCCAGCCGCCUUGCACCGGCCGGGAACCGGUGCCUUAUCAAAAAGGGGAACUGGCAUGAAAAACACUCUCACAAAACUCGCGCUGGCAGGCCUGAUGGCCUCCACAAUGAUCGGCAGCGCAGUUGCUCAGGAAGACACGAUCAAGGUCGGUGUUCUCCAUUCGCUGUCCGGCACGAUGGCGAUUUCGGAAACAACGCUUAAGGACGUCAUGCUGAUGCUCAUCGAAGAGCAGAACAAAAAUGGCGGACUUCUUGGAAAGCAGCUUGAAGCCGUCGUCGUCGACCCUGCUUCGGAUUGGCCGCUUUUUGCUGAAAAGGCACGCGAACUGAUCGAAGUGAACGAAGUCGACGCCGUGUUCGGUGCCUGGACCUCAGUGUCUCGCAAGUCCGUUCUUCCGGUCUUUGAGGAACUGAACUCCCUGCUGUUCUAUCCGGUGCAGUACGAGGGCGAAGAAUCCCAGCGGAACGUCUUCUAUACGGGCGCUGCUCCGAACCAGCAGGCAAUCCCUGCUGUUGAUUACCUCAUGAAUGAAGAAGGCGUCGAGCGCUGGGUCCUGGCCGGUACAGACUAUGUCUAUCCGCGCACGACCAACAAGAUCCUGGAAGCCUACCUGAAAUCCAAGGGUGUUGCUGAAGAAGACAUCAUGAUCAACUACACGCCGUUCGGGCACUCCGACUGGCAAACGAUCGUCUCCGACAUCAAGACUUUCGGCUCGGCCGGCAAGAAAACCGCAGUGGUCUCCACGAUCAACGGUGACGCAAACGUUCCCUUCUACAAGGAACUGGCAAACGCCGGCAUCAAGGCGGAAGACAUUCCGGUCGUCGCCUUCUCGGUUGGGGAAGAAGAACUCGCCGGUCUCGACACCGGUCCGCUGGUCGGACACCUCGCCGCCUGGAACUACUUCCAGUCCGCAGAUACCGACGCCAAUGCCGAGUUCAUCGACGCCUGGCACGCCUUUAUCGGUGACGAAGAGCGUGUGACAAACGAUCCGAUGGAAGCCCACUUUAUCGGUUUCAACAUGUGGGUAGAAGCCGUUGAAAAGGCAGGAACAACCGACCCGGAUGCCGUGAUCGACUCCAUUGUCGGUGUUUCCGUGCCGAACCUGACGGGUGGGUACUCGGCAAUGAUGCCAAACCACCACAUCACCAAGCCCGUGCUGAUCGGCGAAAUCCAGGAUGAUGGCCAGUUCGAAACAGUUUGGGAAACAUCCGGUCUCGUCGUCGGCGAUGCCUGGUCCGACUACCUGGAAGGUUCCAAGGACCUGAUCUCCGACUGGCGUGCUCCGAUGUCCUGCGGCAACUUCAACACUGUUACGGGCAAGUGCGGAGGCUCCGGAUCCUAACAGGGAAAACGGUGUCGGGGCGGGUUCGAAUGACCCGCCCCUGACCGGUAUUCAUCCCGGUCAGUCAAACACGAUCCCGGGAUCCAGCAGUCGCCGACCCGGACUACUGGACCCCGGCCUUCGCAGGGAUGACGGGAAACCGGCCGACGACUGUCGCCGGGAGACAACUCCCGCAAUUGGAAACAAACAAUCAACGCCGGUGGACCCAUGUCCAACUUGAAAUCAAUCUUUGUCUUGUUUUGCCUCGUUGCCGGUCUGGUGAGCCCGGCGCUUGCCCAAAGUGACACCGAAAGCCUGCGCUCGCUGGUCGACGCACUUGCAAAAGGCAAAUACGCAGAGACGGAACAGCAGAUCGGAGCCCUGGUCGCAACCGGCGAUCCGGCAGUCGCGCCGGCGCUUCAGGCUCUCGGUGCCGGUGACCUUUAUUUCCGCAAGUCGGACGGCCAGGUCUACAUCGCGGAAAAGGACGGCAAACGAUUUACCCUUACCGACCCGUUGACGCUGGAAGUCGAAGGCGACGCAGGCAAACGGGAAAUCAAGAAGAUCAAGGUCAACAACAAGUUGCGCCGGGUAAUCCGCUCGGCACUUGGGUCCCUGACGCUCAUGGCGGCGGACCCGAACGUUCGCGUCGCAGCCGCCGAAGCGAUAUUCAAGGCGCAAGACCCCGCGGGCAUCGACGCACUCGAGACAGCUCUUGCCGCCGAGACAGACGACAACGUCCGGCUCGUCAUGGAACAGGCCCGAGCUGCCGCCGUGCUGAAUUCCGAUCUGGAGGAGGCGCAGAAACUUGCAGCCGUCGAGACGCUCUCGGAGAUGGGAAACCGCGAAGCCCUGUCGCUGUUGAUCGGCGUCCGGUCCAAUUCCGAAGGAGCGGUACGGGACGCGGCGAACCACGCGGUUGAAAAAAUCGAAAAAUCCAUCGCCGCCUGGAACACGGCACAAAACGUCUGGUACGGCGUUUCGCUUGGUUCCGUUCUCCUGCUUGCGGCCAUAGGCCUGGCCAUCACCUUCGGUGUGAUGGGGGUGAUCAACAUGGCUCACGGCGAGAUGGUGAUGAUCGGCGCCUACACUACAUUUGUGGUUCAGGAGAUUAUCCGCACCUCUGCACCAGGCCUGUUCGACUAUUCCCUGUUUAUCGCGCUGCCCCUCGCCUUUCUGACCGCGGGCCUGAUUGGCAUCGCGAUUGAACGCGGUGUGAUCCGCUGGUUAUACGGCCGACCGCUGGAAACGCUUCUGGCGACGUGGGGAAUCUCACUGAUCCUUCAACAGGCCGUCCGCUCCGUCUUUGGUCCCACCAAUCGGGAGGUCGGCAAUCCGGACUGGAUGUCAGGAGCCUUCGAUCUUGGCCAGAUGACCAUUACCUAUAAUCGAAUGUGGAUCGUCGUGUUCGCCCUGCUGGUGUUUGCCGGCCUCAUGCUGGUCCUCAAGAAAACACCCUUCGGCCUCUACACACGCGCGGUCACUCAAAAUCGCCGGAUGGCGGCCUCGAUGGGCAUUCGCACGCCCUGGAUCGACGCCCUGACCUUCGGCCUCGGCUCCGGCAUUGCCGGCAUCGCCGGCGUUGCGCUUUCACAGAUCGACAACGUCUCGCCGAACCUGGGACAAGGCUACAUCAUCGACAGCUUCAUGGUCGUCGUGUUCGGCGGUGUCGGAAACCUGUGGGGCACGCUCGUCGGAGCCAUGACACUCGGGGUCGUCAACAAAUUCCUCGAACCCUACGCGGGCGCCGUUCUCGGUAAGAUCUUCGUACUGGUGUUCAUCAUUUUGUUUAUUCAAAAGCGUCCAAGGGGUCUCUUCGCCCUCAAGGGCCGGGCAGUUGAAGCAUGA